UCUCUCUGCCUCCAUAUUCGCUCUUCCCGCUUUCGAUCCCUCCGACUCCUUCCGAUCCAUCUUCCGAUUCCAGCGAGAUGUCGGCUCCAUCAUGCUCAGCUUCAGACCUGGCUCCGCUCCUCGGCGGCACCGGCAACUCGUCCGCCGCGGCCCAGUACAUCUGCUCCCAGUUCGAUACGGUGGCGCUCCAGUUAACCGACGCCGCCUCCGCCAUCGAUACCACCUACCUCCUCUUCUCCGCCUAUCUCGUCUUCGCCAUGCAGCUCGGCUUCGCCAUGCUCUGCACCGGAUCUGUCCGGGCCAAGAACACCAUGAACAUCAUGCUCACCAACGUCCUUGACGCCGCCGCCGGCGCCCUCUUCUACUACCUCUUCGGAUUCGCAUUCGCCUUCGGGACCCCCUCCAACGGCUUCAUCGGCCGCCACUUCUUCGGUCUCAAGCGCGUUCCCGAGCCAGGAUUCGACUACUCCUACUUCCUCUAUCAGUGGGCCUUCGCCAUCGCCGCCGCCGGCAUCACCUCCGGCUCCAUCGCCGAACGCACCCAGUUUGUCGCCUACCUCAUCUACUCCUCCUUCCUCACCGGCUUCGUCUACCCCAUCGUCUCCCACUGGUUCUGGUCCGCUGACGGCUGGGCCUCCCCCUCCCGCCCCGUUGGCAAGUCCCUCCUCUUCCGCUCCGGCGUCAUCGACUUCGCCGGAUCCGGCGUCGUCCACCUCGUCGGUGGCGUCGCCGGCCUCUGGGGCGCCCUCAUCGAGGGCCCCCGAAUGGGGCGCUUCGACGAUGCCGGCCGGUCCGUGGCCCUCCGUGGCCACUCCGCCUCCCUCGUCGUCCUGGGAACUUUCCUCCUGUGGUUCGGCUGGUACGGCUUCAACCCGGGCUCCUUCAUCACCAUCUACAAGUCCUACGGCCCGAUCGGCUCCAUCCACGGCCAGUGGUCCGCCGUCGGCCGCACCGCCGUCACCACCACCCUCGCGGGUUGCACGGCAGCGCUCACCACCCUCUUCGGGAAGCGCCUCCAGACGGGGCAUUGGAACGUGAUCGACGUCUGCAACGGCCUCCUCGGCGGCUUCGCGGCGAUCACCGCCGGGUGCUCGGUCGUGGACCCCUGGGCGGCGGUGAUCUGCGGCUUCGUGGCGGCCUGGGUGCUGAUCGGCCUGAACAAGCUCGCGGCGAAGGUGAAGCUCGACGAUCCCCUGGAGGCGGCACAGCUCCACGGUGGGUGCGGGGCGUGGGGGAUCAUCUUCACCGCCCUGUUCGCACGUGAGAAGUACGUGAACGAGGUGUACCCGGGGCGGCCAGGGAGGCCGUACGGGCUCUUGAUGGGGGGAGGGGGGAGGCUGCUGGGGGCGCACAUCGUCGAGAUCCUGGUGAUCGCGGGGUGGGUGAGCUGCACGAUGGGCCCGCUCUUCUUCGCGCUGCACCGGAUUGGGUUGCUCAGGAUCUCGUCGGAGGACGAGAUGGCCGGGAUGGAUCUCACCCGCCACGGGGGCUUCGCCUACGUCUACGACGCCGAAGACUCCGCCAGCGGGAAGGAUGGCGCCAACGGCGCCACCGGAUUCAUGCUCAUGUCCGCCAACGUUAGGGUCGAGCCCAACUCGGGCGCCACCACCGAUCAGGUUUAGCUUCUUGCUUGUUAUAUUAGGUUGGAGUAGAGCCACACUCUCCUCUGUAAGCCCAGAAAUGUAAGUAUAUAUUGGGUUUUUUAGGUUACGAUGCUUUUCAUUUUUACUUUAAUAUUUUCUGUUUGUGGUGGGAUAUGGUUGUAUUACCAUGUGGACUGAGAAAUGUGAGGAAGACAUGUAGGAGUGUGACAAGUGGAUGGCUGUGAUCAUCUGGGGGAUUUUAUUUCUCAUGUGGUGAUAAAUGAUGGAUGUUCUCUUGUUGUUUUGCACUUGCAGUUGGUUUGUCGUGGUUUCACUGGGCUUGUGAACUUUAAUGUCG